ACAUGAUGAUGGCACAUGAUUGAAAAGCACUGAUCUAGGCCACUGCUGAAAGAGUUGUUUGGAUUUGAAUUUUGCACCAACGGCAUCGUAAGCAGUCGCUAGAGGGCGCACUCACCGCACACUGUACUAACUGCACAAACUUGAAUGAGAUGCUUGUGCAGUAUGGGUGGUACAGUCUAAAACUGACUGGUCGACACGCGUCCAAAAUGUACAACAGGAAAGUUUAGUUUACGUUAGCUAAAUCAACUGUGGACGCCUCUGGGUACGAGGGGAAAGCAAGAUCUGUAAUGGACUCUAACAGUGAAGACGGAGAGAAUCAAAAUCAUGAAGAUGCCUUCCAACAGGAUAUGGUCCUGUACAAAGUGAGCUAUUCUCACAGGAGAAACACACAUGAGGUGGAUUAUGAUAAAAAGGAGGAGUUCAACAGAAAGAGAUACCCUGUGAGUCGGUCUGGUAACAGCACGGGCAGAGUGAAGCGGGUCGUGUCUUGUAAAAGGAAGACCCAUCAUCAUACAGUGACUCGGAAGAAACCAUCUGGGUUUGGGCGGACUCAUGACACAGCCAACAAAGAGAAUGAGCUGAGCUGCAUGCAGGACAUGCAACAGGGAAUAUUCAGUAUGGACCCUUUCGAGUUCCCGUCCAGUGUCAAUAACCACAAGACUAGUAAAACCGGUUCCAAACACACCGACUACUUCACACUCACUGAGCUCACCAAGGAUCACGGCACAAUGACCAAUGUGCUCUUUGGAAGAAAUCUGAGACUGAAAGUGGCUUUAACGCUGUGGCAAAGAAAUGUGGGAGAAUUGUUGACAUACUUCCUGAGAAUUCAAGACACGGGUGUGUUUGUUGAUUUUCUUCCACUGAUAACCAAAAGUAUUAACGACGACUCUCCCAACAUUACAAUUGGCUGUUGUGUUGACCUCUUCCCAUUGGUUAAGAAUCUCCUAAUCAAUCCAUAUGAGGAAUAUCUUAUAGUUGGUUUAAAAUGGAUAAAUUCCAUUUUGAAAAACUGGUGGGAUGAACUUAGAGCAAGUGGCUAUAGUGGAUCAACCAGCCAUCCACUGGAUAAAAAUUUCCAAGUGUUUAAUCAGCAGUUAGUGGAGUUGUGGCACCAGGCGCCUUUUUUGAAAUCUGUUCCAGGAACUGCAGGAGAUAAUGCAAAGGACAUUGAUUCUUACCUGUCACAACUUACGUGAUGACACCGGAGAGCCAAAUCAUGGACUUUCCUCUGGGAGCAGCCUUAUGAAUUUCAAAGAAUCUACAGUCCAGCGUUUCAAAUCAUGGACUCUUAUGUAUCAGCUGCUGUUUAGAAAAAUAAUGAGGCCUUUUAACAUGCACCUACAAUGCCAACGUGUUCAUGUACAGUAGCAUUUGUAGUUUACAAUUUUCAGAGCAACUUGAAAAUCAUUAAGUACAGAGAAUGUGCAAUAUAAGUGUAAAAGAAUGGGACCUUUGAUUUGAUUAUCUAUUCAGUCACCAAGUAAACUAUUAUAAUUAUCUUAAGUUAAAUGAUAGAUGUAGCGUUGUUCACUUUCACGGAUGUCUCAGGAAGUCAGGCAUUUGUUAGUAUAAGAGGAUUUUGGCAAAGUCUAGCCUUUGUUGUUAAUGUACUCCAUAUUUGCUACAAUGAAUACAGAGUUUUUUUGUGUCUGUAGAAAGA